UCGGCGAGGAGACAGAAGUCACUUUAUCUGUCAUUGGUACAGAGCUCUAAGGUGUACCAGCAGAAGGCGGGACUAACCUGUUGUUGUUUUGCUUCUUUCUGUUGUUCAUAAAGUUUAUUUUGUAGUCUUUUUAACUGAAAACCUGAAGAUGCCAGCCGGAACUUUCGAGAGGACCUCUCCCUCCGCCGCGGCUGCCUCACCGGCCAGUGUGGACUCCACACCGGAGAAACCCCGCAGUCUGUCCGAGAGCAGAAAGUCCUCGAAACCAAUCAUGGAAAAGCGGAGACGCGCGCGCAUCAAUGAGAGUCUGGGCCAGCUGAAGACCCUCAUCCUGGACGCACUGAAGAAAGAUAGCUCCAGACACUCCAAGCUAGAGAAGGCGGACAUCCUUGAGAUGACAGUGAAGCACCUCAGGAACCUGCAGAGGCUUCAGAUGGCCGCUGCUGUGAACCCAGACCCCUCUGUCCUGGGUAAAUACCGCGCCGGGUUCAGCGAGUGUUUGGGAGAGGUCACCCGUUUCCUGUCCUCGUGUGAAGGGCUGAACACCGAGGUGAGGACCCGUCUCCUCAGCCACCUGGCAGCCUGCGUGACCCAAAUCAACGCUGUGAACUUCUACACGCCUCACCCAGGGGCGCACAGACUCGGGCAGACCGGCACACAGACCCCUGUGGCCCCCGCCCCACAGAUGUCCUGUAAAAGUGGCUCAGCGAUGCUCUCCUCCCCAGAGGCCAUGAAGCUGUACGGGGGCUUCCAGGUGGUCCCCACACCGGAUGGACAAUUUGCUUUUCUGGUCCCCAGCUCUGCUCUCAUGCCUCUGGGGGCACAGAACAGUCCGCACAUGUCACCUAUUGCUCCUCCCGUCACCUCAGACUCUGUGUGGAGACCUUGGUAGGAAACCAGCUCCACCUUUGGGACCCAAAAGAACAUAUUUUUGUACAUUUUGUAAAUGUUUUUGAAAAACAACAUAUAUAUGGACAUAAGGAGAUUCUCCUCAUGUCUUUGCUUGCUGUGAGUUUGUAUGGACAGGAGGACAGAAAAUGCUUGAACAGUUUCUUGAAAAGCACUGUAUUUUUGUAGAGAGUAAUAAAAUGUUUCUAUGAUGUUUAGUACAAUAUUUGCUGCAUGGCGUCUUUGUC